UACUGAGUUUCCUGUUUAUUUGUUUGUUUACUCACUCACUCACUCUCACUUACUUACCUACUUAUUUAUUUAGCUCCUGCGGCCAACCUCCUUCUUUGGAGAACCAUUGAGAUUUAAUGUUAGUGUUAUACCUCAGAUUGCAUAAAGAGGGAGGACACACACUAACACAAACGUCAAAACCCUAACACCUAAAACACUGACAACAACAAAAAAAGAUUAAGUGCUACAAACAUAAGACACUAUUAAAAAAAAGAAGGACAAAUGUAGUAACAAUAAUGGCAAAGUAUUAGUAAUGCUGAUAGUUACAACAAUAAGCAGUUCUUUAGUAGGUGUAUAAGGAAAUGAAACACUUCCUGGAAAACGAAACAUGAAGGUGAGUAAAGGUAUGGAGUAUCAUGGGUGUGGUGCACGUAGUGAACUAUCGUCGGACUGCUCAAACACGGAGAUCAUUGCUUUAGAAGGUUUUCUUGAGUUUGUUGUUGAAUCAUGGAAACUGGAGCUAUCAGUGUUUCGAACACGCAAAACAAAGCUUUCAAAAAGAGGAAACCCAGUCCAAAUUUCUUGAAAAGUCAAGAAAGUAAUAAGGAAAGCUUAAUAUCAUGCAGUUACUCAUUAAUCUACCACACACUGUUGAUGACAACAGAGAAUGAAAAAAAGGGAAAUGACAAACUCUGUGUUUACAUGGAUGAGAUGCUUCAUAGCAUUUUCUUCCUUGGGUACAUUUAUGACUCACCCCGCUUGACUCCCAGUGAUUUCUUCAGAAGUCCUGAAACACGUGAACAGGUGAUGAAAAAGUUUCCCCGGCCAUUUGAGAAGUACAGAAGUCAUCUGCCAACUCGCACUCCCUUUUCCAUUCUGCUAAACAUGCAGUUGAGGGUUAAGGGCCUUGCUCAAGGGCCCAGCAGUGGAAGCUUGGCAGUGCUGGGAUUUGAACUCAUAACCUUCUGGUUAGAAGAUGGAGACACUUUAUUGCACUGAAGAGAAAAUAAUAGAAGAGCUUCUGCGUCUGCUGAAGAAACUUGGAUUCCCAAACCCUCUUCACAAACCAGGCAGCAAAUACGAGCAAUAUUACACACUGGAGUCAACAGUAAUCUGUGUGCGCUAUUCAGAUUCUGAUUCACAGAGGUAUUACGGGGCGUCUCUUUCCUGCAGAAAAGGAAAUGCAAAGAGAAUUCUGAUCGACCUGUCUUGUCUUAAAACAUGGCACGAGUUUGUAUCUCAUGCAGUCAUGUCAUUUUAUCCAGGACCUUCUGGUGAUGGUAUAACAUUCCCUGAGUCACUGAAAUGUCAGGCAUACAUUAGAGACUGGAACAAAAAUGUUUAUAGUAAAAGACGUCCAUGUUUAAACUGUAAACAGCUGUUUAAUCUAAAAGACGCAGAUCCAGAUAAAGUGUAUCAUCCCUAUGGGAACUGUGCUGAGACAGAGUGCUUGAGCAAACUGCUCUUCAAUAAUCAAUAUAUACGGGAGAACACACGGAUGGAAAAUCAUACAGAGACAAACUUAGAGACACUUCGAGGUUUAACAAAAGAACGCUUGACAAUGCAGCUUGACCAAGUUGGCAUUCAAAUGAAUAAUGAGAACUUUCUCUUCUACAUCCCAACGCAAAUGAAGUAUAAUGAAGAAUGAAAUUUGUGUUUAUCUUAAAGAACAGUUUAUAAUAUAUGCAUAUAUAGAGUGUUGCUUAAGGUAAACAUAUAUGCAUUAUGCUCACACACACACACAGGAACACCUGUACACUUGCUCAUUCAUGCAGUUAUCCAUUUAGCCAAUGCUCAAGAGCUGAAGAUUGAAAAAGACCAGGUAAUGCAAAUUUUCACUGAGCCUAUAUCCACUGCAGCCUCAGAUUCAUGUUCUUGGCUGACAGGACUGGAACCUGAUGUGGUCUUUUGCCGUUGCAGCCCAUCUGACUGUUGUGCAUUCUGAGAUGCUUUUCUGUUCACCACGGUUGUAAAGAGUGAUUAUUUGAGAUAUCACUCGCAGCCUUCCUGUCAUCUCAAACCACUCUGGCUGUUCUCCUUCAACCUCUCUUAUGAACAAGGUGUUUCCACCUAGAGAACUGUCGCUAACUGGAUGUUUUAUGUUUUUCACACAAUUCUGUGUAAACUCUAAAGGCUGUUGUGUGUAAAAAUCUGCAGUAGGAGAUUAGCAGUUUCUAAAAAAUAAAAAAUAAAAUCAGCCCAUGUUCCAGAGUCACUUAGAUCAUAAUUUUAUUCCAGUCUGAUGUUUGAUGUGAACAUUAACUGAAGCUCUUGACCUGUAUCUGCACGAUUUUAUGUAUUUCGCUGCUGACAGAUGAUUGGCUGAUUGGACAACUGACUGAGCAGGUGUUUCUAUUAAAAUGACCAGUGAGUGUAUAUAAAAAUUAUGCAUAUUUUUCAUUUGUAUUUCUAUUUGUUAAUGUAAAUGUCUUGUCUUAAUUAAACAAAUGCUUUCUUUUUGUGCUAAAGCAAUGUUUUUUUUUCAUUUGUGAAAUAGAGUGGCUUGCAAAAGUAUUCAACCCCCUGGAAUAUAUCAGAUUUGUCUGAAAAACAAAUGAUAAAUACACAUAUUUUUCACGUCAGUAUGUUUAUUGCAAAACCAAAGUCUUUUACAGUGAGUUUUCAAAGUCAAAAUUAAUGAUUUUGGUUACAAAAUAAUUAAUUUUGGUCAGAAGUGUUCAUUCUGGAGGCUCUGGGGGCUCCAGUUGACAGAU